AUGCUCACCUUCUGGAGCGAAGUUCCCUGGCUCCGCUCCCCGUCCUAUCAGCACAUGCAGAAAGUCCAUCGAGCAGAUGGUGGCUCUGACGAUGUUCUUCCUUUCUUCCUUCCCUGCCUCUCACCUAAACCUCAGUUCCUUCUCAACCACCAGCGAAUGAGGACGUUAUUCGGAGCCCAACCCACCAUGACGGGGUUCUCAAAGGCAAAUUAUUUCACACUUCGCUUGCGACUCUUACAUUCGGAGACCCAUGUCCAAGUACCAAAUGAGUCAAUGUCGCAUGUCAUAGAAGAUUCUGAUGGCGGGUCCAGUGAUGGGUCGAAGCCGAGAGGACGAUUCUUCGGAGUCAGGAAUUACAUCCAUCAAUUCUAUGAAGGUCUUUCUUCGUCAAAGGAAGAGGAGAGGAGCGCCUUGAUCAAGUCCCGGCAUUUGCGACGUCGGCGUUGCCGGUCAUUCACAUUCAAGGUGCUGCUUGGGGUCGGGAGCAUUUGCCUCGUCCUUGGCCUCAUCCUUCUGCUUCUCGGACACCUCAUCGUACCCAGAGAGGUUCUUUUAACCAAAUACAACAUGGAUAUAGUCGAUCACGCUGCCGAGCGCUUCAAUCAGAAUCUGGAGAUCUGCAAGAAGACAGGGCUGGUGUUUUUUUGCUGUGGUGGACUUGCUCUCGUCGUGACGCUUCUAUGCCCAAGCUUCCUUCGAAAUGAGGAUUCCGUUCAAUUCGACCCGUUCGUGAUUCAAAUUGGGGAUUGCACGGAUGAGGAGGAUGUAAAAUCCCCUAUCGAGAAGAUACCUGUCACUCAGGAAGUGACCCCUAUUCAGCCACAUUCGGAUCUCCCUUGAUCUCUCUCACCCCACACAAUUUUGCUCACACUGGGCAGCCCUCAUACUGUAUAUUUGUAAUACAGUUACAUGUCGUCAUGUUGGAGAUUUGGUUGUCUUCUACCAACGAUGUCAUUCCGUUACACUGAGUUAUUUUAACUAAUGUACCACAGUUUGAACGUGAUUUUGUUGAUAUAUCAGCAUCUGCCAUUUGACUUCCGCCAAGAAUGCAAACUGAAGCAUAUUUGAUACUUCAAGCUUCGAAAUUUUGGCCAGAACACAAUGAGGCAUUUCUGCCCACAUUGACACUUCUGGUCUCGGUCUCGCACUCAUCUUCUUCCCUCCUCCCAAUUCUUAAUGAGGCCAACCCCUCUAAAGACAAAUGUUUUUGGUGGGAGAGUCUCUGUCACUUCCUCAAUUACUUACAGCUACGUGUUGCAAGUAAGUGAGCAAUAUACGAACAAUAUGCAGCUCGUAUAUAUACUCCUCCUUUUUCCCCUUGUCUGCGAAGGCAUUUAACUUCUUAAAGCUAUCCAAGGAUAGGGACAGCCACUACAUCACCGCCUAACCCAGUCAAGAAGAGAAGAUUGCCAGUGUUUUCUUCUUUUUUUAAGGAGAAAGGGACAAAAGGCAGGCGCAAUCAGUCCGCCUACUCUCCUGCCCUUCCCCUUUGAACUUUCAGGUAGAGGAAGACUUGCAGAACGAAUUCGAUUGAUGUACCUUGAAUCUCUCUUCCUCCUGUUCAAAAUAAAAAAUGACUAGCACCUCAUGCUGGAAAUUAGCGGAUCUCAGAAGAUGUAAAUUCUGAAAAUUUGCAGGACGGUAUGAAUAUCCUGCAGUCAAAUACAACAUGAGGCUGUCCUGAUAUUAUGAUCCAAAAAGGUUUUUUGUGAGUCGGUGUUACAGAUGUUUCAUUGUUGACAGUAUGUUUGACUCGUUGCAAUUUAUGUGCACCUUCUACUGCCACUCACCAGGAUGUGAAAAGUGGUAUCGAUGUUUCGCGCAUUUUUUUGUCAGAACUUUAUGCUCUCCCGUGCAGCUGUCAUGCAUGCAAGAUGAGGCCGGGGAAGGAAUAGAGAGUUGUCGAUACUUGCAUCAGGAUGAUGUGACACCGUAUUUUCUUCAGGCGAAUGUUCUGCCUUGUUUGAGCUAUUCGAGAUCUAUGAUAUAUGUGUGCCUCCAACUAUCCAUUUGUCUUUUUCCUGUUGGACUCACCUGAUGGUAUUUUCUUGUCUUGUUUCCAAUAAAUCGUUGUUGUUCUUCAAUCUGAUA